UCCGCCACUGCUACAGCUCAAGCUGAAGCAUCGAAUAACGAUGCCUCUGGACUACCGAGAACCUCUGUAAAUUUCCCGUUCUACCCCUUCGAACGGGAUGGCAAUUUCCCAUUUAUCAUCUCACUCGCCUCUUCGUCUUCUACGCUUCUCUCUCACCGCCACAAAGCUCGCUCCUCAACUACGUUCUCACAGAACCCGCUUCUUCUCCAUCCGUGCUGCCAUGGCGUCUCCUCCUGCUCGCAAGGUUUUGGUUCCGGUUGCGAAUGGCACCGAGCCGCUCGAGGCAGUCAUCACCGUUGACGUGCUUCGACGUGCUGGAGCUGAUGUUACCGUCGCUUCCGUGGAGAAUCAUCUUCGUGUCGAUGCAGCGCAUCAGAUCAAGAUUGUUGCUGAUUCUCUCAUUUCGGAUUGCGCGGACACCGUUUUCGAUCUUAUCGCACUUCCUGGAGGCAUGCCAGGUGCUACCAAUCUUAGAGAUUGUGCAGUUCUGCAGAACAUAAUGAAGAAGCAAGCUGCAGAUGGUCGACUUUAUGCUGCAAUCUGUGCUUCACCUGCAGUGGUGCUUGGAUCAUGGGGUUUGCUGAAGGGAUUGAAGGCGACAUGCUAUCCAUCAUUUAUGGAGCAACUGAGAUCUACUGCAACUGCUGUUGAAUCCAGAGUACAGCUUGAUGGCCAAGUUGUGACAAGUCGUGGGCCAGGUACUACCUUGGAGUUUGCUGUUGCACUGGUUGAGCAGUUGUAUGGGAAAGAGAAAGCUGACGAAGUUUCUGGACCUUUGUUGUUGCGUUCCAACCAUGGUGAUGAAUAUACUAUAGCUGAGCAAAAUCAAGUAAAGUGGACAUUUGAUGAUGGCCCCAGGAUUCUUGUCCCUGUAGCCAAUGGUACUGAGGAAAUGGAGGCCGUUAUGAUCAUUGACAUUCUUCGACGAGCACAAGGGAAAGUGGUGGUUACUUCUGUUGAGAACAAACUAGAGAUUCUCGCUUCUCGAAAAGUAAAACUGGAGGCAGAUUUGCUUUUUGAUGAAGCUGCUGAACAGUCAUACGACAUCAUAGUCUUGCCUGGAGGGCUUGGUGGCGCUGAAGCAUUUGCAAAAUCUGAAAAAUUGAUUAAUUUGCUAAAGAAGCAGAGACAAUCAAACAAACCCUAUGGAGCAAUAUGUGCAUCCCCAGCUCUGGUCUUUGAACCCCAUGGCCUGCUGAAGGACAAAAAAGCCACUGCUUUUCCUGCAUUAUGCGAAAAACUGUCCGACAAAAGCGAAGUCGAAAACAGGGUGGUGGUUGACGGAAACCUGAUUACAAGCAGGGGGCCAGGAACCACGAUGGAAUUCUCUCUGGCAAUAGUGGAGAAGCUGUUUGGAAGGGACAAAGCAGUUCAGCUGGGAAAAACGAUGGUGUUCAUUUGCGAUUAAACGUCAGUUCGACCAUUCUCACUGUGAGUCUUUCAUCUUCUUAACUACUAUGAAAUGGAAUGGCUUGUUUGAACUAGGAGAGCUGGUUUCUCAUUUGAAUGUGCCAAUCCACUUCUAAAUUUUGUACAGAUGUUUGUGGAAUAAUAAAAUGAGCUAUGUAAAGCCUGAGAUGCAAGGUCAAAACUUGAGGUUUUCUUUUUGAGUCCAUAUAGGAGAUAAUUUUGGGUGAUUGAGCUUUUU